CUCGUAAUAAGCGCUGCUACAGUUCUAUACCAUACUAGGGCUUUAUGCAAGGUUGAAAAACUCUCAGUCUCAGAGAAGGAAAAAAAUUCUCUAAGUGUUACUCAGAGACAAUGGGUAGGAAGCCUAAGACUAAAAUCAAUGAAGAAAAAGCUCCCAUGCCUGAAAGCACUAAUCAAUCCAUGGAGAGAGUGAUAUUGCAGCCUGGGAACAAAAAUCCUUCCCUAGGGCCAGUGGAAUCACAGCCUGAAAGUUUGAAUCCUUCCUUGGGCAAUGUGGAAUUGCAGCUUGAAAGUGGAAGUCCUGCUGAACAACAAGCAAAUUCUGCCAAACCAUCAAAUCCAAAGAAGAGGAUGACACGGCACACCAGUAUUGUUAGGCGAUCUAAACGUGUUCAACAUGCAAUAACCUCUGCUCUAAACCCGGACAUUGUGCCUGUAGUUGAAGAGAUAAGUCUAACUGAAACUGAUGAAGAAUAUGACCCACCUCCUCAGAAAGAGCAAAAUAUGCCUGAGUCGACUGAGCCAACAUCAUUGGGUGAAAAGAACUUUGAAAAACAAAUUGACAACAUUGUUGAACGAUUAGAAAUACAAGCAAAGACCAUAGAAGAAUUGAAAUCUGAGGUGUCCAAGAAGUCUGUCUCGAGUGGAAGCCCAUCUGGAGCAUAUGUCAGAUACAAAAGCUUGUAUAUAGAUUCCCAAAAGAAGAUUGAAGUAUUGACAGGAGAAAAUGAACAACUUUCUAUGAAGCUAGAAACUGCACUUGGCAAGCUUGAAGCAUAUGAGAAUGGGAAUCAUGUUUUCUCUGAAAUGUUGGAGAAAUUGAAGGAUGUGAUCUUGGUCUCAAAUCUGACAAAAGCUACUGAAACAGCAGUUAACAUGUCAUCUCAAGCAUUGCACACGUCUUCAGGUGAUGCUGGUCGUAGAUCCAGAAGUCCUGCAGCUAACAGAAAGAAACUCACCGCAAAAAGAAGGUGAAAAAGAAAUGAAAACUAACACCAACAUUCAUGGUGCCCUGCUAAUUUUAUGAGAUAAAUACUUUGUUUGAAUCUAGGGCUGUCCUGUUAUGUUCUCUUUUGUUUUAAGUAGCUUGGGGACUAUGUGUGCCGAUGAUGUUUACUAAUUUGGAGAACAUUUUGUUUUCGUUACUUCCAAGAUUUUGAGGUAACAUGGGAUUCAAGUGAUAAGUGGUAAUGAGUAAUGACAUCCUUUGGUGUAGUUAGUGAACCCU